AUGUCUAGUCUAACAAAAGUUAGCAAUUUAUAUCAUUUGCAUAAAACUACGCCAUCUAUUGGAAAUAUCAAUAUUAAAAAAAAAAAGAAGGCAAAUGUUAAACGACGAAAACCACUUAAUAUUGUUUUUUGUGGUCAUGUUGAUGCUGGAAAAUCGACAAUCGGUGGACAACUCAUAUAUUUAACAGGUCAAGUUGAUAAACGAACAUUAGAAAAAUAUCAAAAUGAAGCUCGUGAAAAAUCUCGAGAAUCUUGGUAUUUAUCAUGGGCAUUAGAUACAAAUGAAGAAGAAAGAGAAAAAAGGAAAACUGUUGAAGUUGGUCGAGCUUGGUUUGAAACAGAAAAAAAAACAUUUUAUUAUUCUUGA